AUGAUUCCAUCAACUGUUGAUACAACAAAUUCCGAUGAUACAUCACUGAAUCAAGAUAACACUACACCAAGUUUAAAUUAUAUACAAGAAGCCAAGAGGAAGCAAUUCCUUGAGAGGAUGGAAAAGAGAAAUGAAGAAAUGAAAAAUAAGAGAAAUCAAGAGGUUAAGGAAAAUCCAACAGUCUUUUGGAAUGCUUUUAAUGAAUUAAUUAGUCAACAAAAACAAGCCUCUGAAUUGCAACAAUUUUUAAACCAACAUGUGCACUAUCUGCCAAACUAUGACGUCCGAAAGGCAGAUGAAAAGAUUAAAAAAAUCCAGGAAGAAUUAAAGAAGGAUAAAAAGGUAUUUUCAUUCAAAAAGAAGGCACCAAGUUCUGAAUCACUUCAAAAGAAGGAAACUCAAAACGUAGUAGUUGAGGAAACUCCAUCUAUCAAGUUGGAGACUAACAAGACAGUUGUUGAUCUGAGUAGGGUACCUUCAGGUUAUAUCCAUGAAGUUGCCCCAACUAAGGAAAAUGAAAGCUUUGCCAUUUGUAAUGGAAAUCAAAAUCAUGUCAGAAUAAGGCAUAUUAUUGGCGCUGUGUAUAUAUCAAAUCUUGUGGAUUGUACUAUUGAAUUAGGACCUGUGAAUGGUGCCAUCUUCCUUUCCAAAUGUCAAAAUUGUAAAUUCCAGCUUGCUUGUUGGCAAUUGAGAAUACAUGACAGUACUGGAUGUGAAUUCCUUAUUUGUCCAAAGAAUAAUCCAAUUAUUGAAAAUUGUUCUGGCUUACAAUUUGGAAGAUAUUCCCUCGAAUAUGAAGGAUUGGAUACUCAACUCAAAUCUUGUGAUAUGGUUGUGGAGGAUGAUAACAAGAAUAAGUGGAAUAGAGUUCAUGAUUUCAAUUGGUUAAAGACCAAUGAGCCAAGUCCUAACUUUAUUUACCUUUAAAAUUAUUUAUUUCUUCU